CUCUCGGGGGUCGGAGCAGCUGGCUGUCGUGCUCCGCGCUCGCCCCGUUAGAGGAUGAGGAGGGGGCCCGGGCGCUCGCUGGCCACAUGCUGGGUGGCUCUGCUCGCAACCUGCUGCUUUGCGUGCGGGGCAUCCGCAGGUAAUGGUGCAUUUACCAUUCGCCAUGAAAAAAGCAGCAAGUGCCUACAAGUUAAAAACUCACAGAUCAUGGCAGCAGACUGCAAGGAGACAAAUGAAACUUUGUGGAAAUGGGUCUCCCAAAAUCGCCUUUUCCACUUGGGAUCCCGACAGUGCCUUGGAUUAAAUAUAGCCAAACGAGCAUCUCCGUUGAAAAUGGUUAACUGUGAUUCACAACUUAUGCUAUGGUGGCGAUGUGUUGAUGCUUCCAUAUUUGGUGCAUCCCAGUACAAGCUGACUUUAAAAGACAAUGUUGUCACUGCAAGUAUAAAUUCGUCAGACGCCUGGAGAAGAAGUAACUCUUCCGAUGAUAUUUGUGAAUACCCUUACCGUGAGAUCUAUACGAGGGAUGGUAACUCCUAUGGAAGGCCCUGUGAGUUCCCCUUCCUAGUUAAUAAGACAUGGUAUCAUGACUGCAUUCGGGAUGAAACACACACAGAUGGUGAUUGGUGUGCCACAACCUCCAGCUACAAUCAGGAUGCCAAAUGGGGAAUCUGCUUAAAACCAGAGGAUGGUUGUCGUGAUACCUGGGAACACGAUCCAGGAUUGGAAAGUUGCUACCAGUUAAACACACAGUCUGCUCUUUCUUGGAAAGAAGCCUAUAUUUCAUGUCAAACACAAGGGGGAGAUUUACUGAGCAUCACAAAUACAAGUGAAUUAAGUUAUAUACAAGCUAAAGAUGGCAUUGCAGAGGCAUUUUGGAUUGGCUUAAACCAACUGGACAUUUCUGGAGGCUGGCAGUGGUCAGACCACACACCCUUGAACUUUCUUAACUGGAAUCCAGACAUGCAAAAUGUGUCGCCUUUGGAUGGGUCAAGUUGUGUGGCGAUGAAUGCUGCCUCAGGUCAAUGGCAGAGUUACCACUGUGGGACUGCACUUCCAUAUGUCUGCAAGAAACCACUUAACAAUACAAAAUCAGAAUUACCAGAUGUUUGGAGGUACUUGGAGACUCAGUGUGAUUCAGGCUGGCUUCCAUACAGUGGUUUUUGUUAUAUGCUAAUGAAUAACCAGGCUUCCUGGAAUAUGGCAAGUCAGUCAUGCAGAGAAAAUAAAAGUGACCUCAUCAGCAUACAUUCUUUAGCAGAUGUUGAGCUGGUUGUUACAAAGCUCCAUAAUGAAACUAAAGAGGAAAUAUGGAUGGGUUUCAUGAAUGAGAAUACUCCAGCUUUGUUUAAGUGGUCAGAUGGGUCCAAAGUGGUUUUCACUUACUGGGAUCAGAAUGAACCAAAAAUUCCUUUUAACAACACUCCUAACUGUGUGUCGUAUUCAGGAAAGUUGGGUCGAUGGAGAGUCAGAUCUUGUGAAGAGAAACUGAAGUACGUGUGCAUGAAAAAAGGAGAGGUUUUGAAUGAAACAUCUGAUAAACAUUGUUCCCCGAAAGAGGGAUGGAAGAGACAUGGAGACUUCUGUUAUAAGAUUCAUAACAAUAAAGUAUCGUUUGGAGCUCAGUGCAAUCUUACAAUAAUGAACAGGUUUGAGCAAGAAUUUAUAAACAGUUUGAUUGGAAAAUACAGUAAAGGCAAAGAAAAAUAUUUCUGGACAGGCUUGCAAGAUAUCAGCCGGUCAGGAAAGUAUACUUGGGGUGUUGCAGAUGGGAGACAAAAUGAAGCUGUGAUGUAUGCAAACUGGAAUUCCUUACAGCCAGCAUUUCCUGGAGGAUGUGUAGCAAUGUCAAGUGGGAAAUCUCUUGGAAAAUGGGAGGCCAAGGACUGUAAAACCUUUACAGCUUUAUCUGUCUGCAAGAACUAUACUGGGCCUCCCAGACAGCCAGAAGUACUUCCUAAGCCAACUGAUCCUUGUCCUGCUGGAUGGCAAAAUGGAUCAGGCCUUGCCUGCUAUAAGUUCUUUCAUAGUGAAAGAUUGCUGAGAACCAGGACAUGGGAAGAGGCAGAACGAUUCUGUGAAGCACUAGGAGGUCAUCUUCCUAGUUUCAGUGAUAUUGCAGAAAUGAAGGAACUCCAUUAUAUACUAAGAGACAUUAUCAGUAAUGACCGAUGGGUCUGGGUGGGACUCAAUAAGAGGAAUCCAGAUUCUCUAGGAACCUGGCAGUGGAGUGAUAAUAAUCCGGAAACUACUGUUGUUAUGUCACACGAUUUCCAAAGAGAUGUCUAUGACAUUAGAGAUUGUGCUGCUUUAAAGACCACUCGAAUGUCACGGAGGUAUUUUUGGAGACUUCAUUUCCAUGAUGGCAGACAAUUGGAUUUUUAUUUAAAACCUUUCCUGUGUGAUGCUAGACUUGAAUGGGUUUGCCAGAUAACAAAAGGUAGUACCCCAAAGACACCAGAGUGGUAUACACCAGAUGUAGAUGGAAUUCAUGGACCGCCACUUGUUAUUGAUGGAGCUGAAUUUUGGUUUGUGCCAGAUAAAAACCUGAGCUACCAAGAAGCUGCUGUCUACUGUGCAAACAAUGAUAGUGACUUAGCAUCUGUGGACUCCUAUACAAAACUAAGGGCACUCCUAACCAAAAUAGAAAAGUUGUCGGGUGCAGAGCAGAAGUGGUGGCUGAAAUACAUGGAUCGUGGAACUAGCCAUCAUUCACCUUUACAGUUAUUUCCACGUUUCCAUGAUCGAUUCUGGAGGGAUUGUUGGUAUAUUUCUUCGAAGGGCUGGUAUAGAGACUAUCCAAUAAACUGCAAUCUGAAACUGCCCUUUAUAUGUGAAAAAUCUAAUGCAUCCUUACUGGAGAAACAUGAGCCAGAAUAUCACCCCCCUAAAGGAGGAUGCCCUAAAGAAUGGAUUCUGUUUCAGAACAAGUGUUUUCUAAAGAUAGAACACAGAUUUUUAACAUUUAAAGAAGCCAAUGAAGUAUGUGAAACUUUUGGAGGCACUCUUCCAUCAAUCUCAAGCCAAGCUGAACAAGAUUUUUUAACAUCCUUGCUUCCUGGUUUGGAAGAAAACAUUUGGAUUGGUUUGAAGUUUUUUUUCAGCAUAAGAGAAAACAAAUGGGUAGAUGGCAGUAGACUACUGUACAGUAACUUUCACCCAUUGCUGAGAGGAAGGCUAAGGAAGAUUCCACUUGAUAUGUUUGAUGAGGAGAUAAACAACCAGUGUGGUGUAAUGCUCAACAACCCCAAAUCUUUGUAUGUUGGAACAUGGAAUUUCUUGCCUUGUGCUGAGGAGCAUUUUUUGGGUAUCUGCCAGAAGGCACCAGGGGCUGCUGACAACCAGACACAGCAAGUCCUUAGUGAAACACUGACCUAUCAAAAUGUCCAUUACACAGUAAUUCUGAAGAAUUUGUCCUGGUAUGAUGCACUGCGGGAGUGCAAACAGAAAAACAUGCAGCUUGUUAGCAUCACAGAUCAGUACCAACAGGCUUUUCUUACUGUGCAGGCUGCUGUUCACAAUUACCCUCUGUGGAUUGGACUCUUCAGCAAAGAUGAUGGAAAACAUUAUGGCUGGGCAGAUGGAAAGCGCAUUGAUUUUAGUCGCUGGUCUGAAGAAGAUGAAGAAACAAGUGAAGAAUGUGUGUUUUUGGAUAUUGAUGGAUUCUGGAAAACUUCUGCAUGUUCCUCUGAAAAUCCGGGUGCUAUUUGCUACUUGCCAAGAAAUGAGACUGAGAAAGAACAAGUUGUUGAACAUAUUAAAUGUCCACAUAAGUUUAAAAAUACACCAUGGAUAUCAUUUCAAAAUAGUUGUUACACUUUCAUGAUAACAAAAGAUAGAUGGCAAGAAAUGAAAUCACAAGAAGCCCACCACUUAUGCAAGAAAAUAAAUCCAGAUGCAUUUGUCUUGAAUAUUAGAGAUGAGGAAGAAAAUAACUUUGUUGUUGAGCAGCUACAUUCGUUCAGUGGCCUAGCUACAUGGGUAUGGUUGGGUGUAAUUUAUGAUGACAGGGAUAAUUCCCUAAAAUGGUAUGAUGAAACUUAUGUAUCUUACAAUAACUGGAAACAGGGAAGACCUAACGUAAAGAAGAAUCAGUUUUUUGCUGGAGUGAACCGUGAUGGGUUUUGGGAUAUUUACAACCUUACGCAAAAUUGGCAAGCUCUCCAGUUUAAUCAACACAGUAUUCUUGCCUGUAAAAUUGAAAUGGGGCCCAGAGAAAACAAGCCUCCAUUGCCUGAGUAUAUACUACAUGGAAAUAGCACAUACAGGGUCCUUCAGAAAAAAAUAACCUGGUAUGAAGCAUUAAGAGAAUGCAAACAGAAUGGAAGUGAUUUAGUCAGCAUACACAGUGAAUCCCAUCAGGUGUUUUUGGAAGAUAUUGUAAAGCGUGAUGGAUAUCCACUGUGGCUUGGGCUAUCAAGCCUUGAUGGAAGUGAAUCUAAUUUAGAAUGGUCUGAUGGAAGUGAAUUUGAUUACCGUCCCUGGGAACUAGAAAACUCUACAUCUAUUGGGAACUGCAUUUUUCUGGAUACUAAAGGAUUUUGGAAACGUAGAAGGUGCACAGAUGUUGUUGAUGGUGCCAUUUGCUAUACUUCUUCAGACAAGAGACAACUACAGCCACAGCAAACCAAAGGCUCCUCCAGGUGUCCACAGGGUACUAGAACAUCGCAGUGGUUGCAGUAUAAAGAUCAUUGCUAUGCAUUUGACAUGGCAUUAUACAAUUUUUCAGUAUAUACUGCAGAAGAGGCUAAAAGAGUCUGCCAGAAGCUGGAUCCUUCUGCAACUCUAUUGACUAUAAAGGAUGCCGAAGAGAAUACAUUUGUCAGCAAGCACAUAAGGCAAAAUGACCUCAUCACCAGAAGAGUGUGGCUUGGAUUGUCUCAGAACUUCAAGGCUAAGUUCUUGAACUGGCUUGAUGGUUCAGCGGUUAAAUAUGCCAAUUGGGCAAACGGAACUUCAAAAGUCAAUGGUAAAUGCAGUGUUAUCCUAUCCACAAAUGGAUCAUGGUCUGAAGUUGACUGCAGUCAUAGUAAAGGCAGAGUUGUUUGUAAAGCUCCUCUAGGCACUAAUCAUACUGGAGUGGCUAUAACAUUUGCUCUGUUAAUUAUCCUAGUCUUGGUUGCUGGAUUAAUUUGGUAUCUCUACAAAAAGAAACGGCUUCAGUGGGGUGGCUUCUUUGCAGUACGCUACGAACGAGGGAUGAAUGAAGAUGAGACUGAUAGCAUGUUUACCAAAGAUGGUUACUGAGAAAUUGUUUUUGCUAAUUGUUUUAUUACAGAUUCUACUGUGUGAAGCUAUGGGGAAUGGGCUACUUGACACUUUAUUAGCUCCUUCUGAAAAACAAGUAAAAAGAUUAACUAAUGGCUAAAUUCUGCCCUAUAAUGUGUGCAAUUUUAAGUCAGUGGGAGUUAACUGAAUUUGGCCUUAGCUGUAAAUCUUGCACAAGGUAGAAGUUCCCUGAGCCUCUAUAGCUCUGUGAUUCCAUAUUAAAUCUGGGUACUGCCUCUAAAAUCUUUGCCUAUAUUAUCUUUUUUUUUUCUUUUGGUAAAGUGUUUUUGGGGAAUUGCAGGUGAGGAAUAGACAUUUAAAAACUGCAAAUCAAACAAACUUUAAAUUAAAUAUCUAGCUUUUAACAGGCAAUUAUCGAUUAAACCGUUGGUGUCAAAAGACAUACAUUUUGAGGUACAGUACAUUCCCUGUUCCUAGCAUUGGGUCAUCCUGCAACAACUAGCACAAAAUACAAUGAUAAAUACCAGAUAAAUGAUAUUUGGAAUAACCACUUUUGUAAUAACUCAUUAAUUAUCAACUGUGAUAUAAUACAGAAGGGCUUUUAACCACUGAUAUUUUCUGUUCUCACUGAGGUAGAAUCUUAACAUUUGGUAUGCUUAUUAUGAUCCAUUGAGUGCAAGAGAGAAAAAAAUUAUA